AUGUCUGAUUCUGAAGGCGACAUUUCCGACGAACUCCUCGAGCUGGCUGGUGCGACAGAGAAGAAACGCAAGAAACGUCAGGCAGAGUCGAAAUCUGGAUCCAAACGGCGCAAGGCAGACAUCAAUGUCGACGACUCAGAUGACAACAUGCCCGAAAGCGAGGAGGAAGGGAACGAGACCAACCCCUACCCGCUGGAUGGCAAGUUUGUGAACGAGGCAGACAGAAAUCGCUUGAUGCAAAUGUCUGAGAUUGAGCGGGAGGAUAUUCUUGCACAGCGACAGGAAGAAAUGCAGCGUAUACAGGAUAAGCGCAAUCUCGAUCAGAUGCUGCAAGCUCAGAGCGGUCGCGGAGAUGAGAAUGUAUCUAAAGCUGCGAAACGUCAACAUGCUGUGAGAGGUGCGACGAAGGAAAAGUCGCGAAAGUUGGACGAGCUGAAGGCUAAGCGCAAAGCCAAGGACGAGAAGAAGCGUACUAGGACAAAUUCGCCAAGGCAAGAUCCGUCAUCCUCACCCGUCGACAUGGAAAUGUCGGACGACGAAGAGGAGGACGGACAGAUCAGCAAGUAUGAAGAGCAGGAAGAAAAAGACCGUAGGUUAUAUGAUAAGUUCGAUAAGAGCAAGUCGGACGACGAGCCAGCAACUCUUGAAGAUCUGGAGAAAUGCCAACUCUCGCGCGACAUGCUGGCACGUUUCUCAAUGGCCCCGUGGUUCGAAGAGGCCGUCAAAGGGGGCUGGGUGAGGUUCCUCAUUGGUAUGGAGAAUGGUGAGGGAGUAUAUCGCAUAUGCGAGGUUUCAAAUCUUGGUACGGAAGUGGUCAAGCCGUACAAAGUCAACGAUCAAACUGUGGACCAACAACUCGAGCUGAAGCAUGGAGUGUCAACAAAAUGCUUCCACAUGGACAAGGUGUCAAAUUCGCGCUUUGAGCAAAAAGAGUUUGAUCGCCUGAGUAGAACGUUCGAGCAUGAGAAGUUGAAGCUGCCGUCUAAACGGCAAUUAGAGAAGAAAGCAGCCCAAAUUAUUAAAUUCAUGAACCAGCGUUUGACGGAGAGCGACAUCAGCGCGAUUGUCGCACGGAAGAAGCAGCUGCAAUCUGGACAAACUGUACAGCAGUCUCCUGCGGCACUUGCACUUGAACGCGCACGGCUCGCACAGGCUCGCACGCUCGCAGGCCGGCGGCAGGACUGGGACGAGGUUGCAGCGAUUGAUCUGGAGCUCGAGGCUCUGAAUGCAACAGCACCUGUCGUUCCGCCGCGGGACGUGAGUCGGGCAGACAUCCUCGCGCGCGUGAACGAGCGCAAUCGCAAGGCGAACAUGGAGGCCGUGCGGCGUGCGGAAGCGCAGGAAGUGGAGCGCAAACGCCGCGAACGCAGGAUGCUUGCGGCAGGUGGGGGAACACCGCGCUCAGGGACACCAUUGGACCCCAGUGCACGCCUAAAGACAAUGCCAAAGCUGUUUAGUCCCAGACCUGAUACGCCUGGGACCCCAUCUUUUCAAGCGGGCGGCAUAACACCACGGUCACUGUCCCCGCUACCAUCCGCGACAUCCUCAGCUUCACCACCCAAGGCAGCAAGUAUAUCAACCAGCUUCGAAGCGUCGGUCAUCCAGUCUGUGGAGAUAGAUCUGGGGGAUUUCUAG